GGGGCUGCAGUGAGAGCCGGGUGGGCACAGCGCCUGGGGAGGGGCUGCAACCAAACACUGCGAGACCCCCAUGUGGUCUGUGACUUCUGAUGUAUUCAACUGGGCUUAAGAGCUGGGAGGUGAGGUUCUGCUUCAAGCUGAAGCAGUUGGUCUCAAAGGCACGGCAGCAAGUGCUCAGCAGCUUUAGGGUUACUCUUAAAUAAAACUCAGAUUCUGGUGAGGUCCUGUUUUAGCUGUGGUUAACCAUUACAUUAUCUUCAUUCUAAUAUGCAUACACAUUUAUUCAGAACACCAUCUUCAGGUCUUUCUGUGCUAAACUACACUAAAGGGAGUCAUAUCAGCCCUCCUCAGCGCCCCAAACUUCCAGGGGCUGCGGGGUUCCAGUGCUGAGGAGAAGAGUUUUUCCAGGCUGGGAUGUGUGCACACAGCUGGGUUCUGCCGUGGGAAGCGACACGAGUGCUGGUGUCACCAUCAAUUACACUACUGCAAUCCCCCUGCCACACACAGCCCAUGGAACACCACGCUGGUGGCAGGGCGCUGCUCGGAUCACCGUGCUAAGACAGGCACUGCUCAGAGCCGGACGCCGGCUGCCCAGCGGGGGCUCCCACAGCAGCUGCUGGAUACAGCCUGAUGCAGAGCACUUGUUAUCUGUAGAUCAGCUCAAGUACAAUGUAGGUAGGACAGGGUUUCCUUUUCUUAUUUCUCUGGUUGUGUUUCUACCUGUCAGAAGAACGGUUCCAAGAAGUGGCAUCCAGCUCAAACAGCCACAAACAGCCACGGAGUGACACCGAGCCGCCGCCCUCAGGGAAGGGGUGAGCCGAAGUGAAUCCCUGCAGGGUGAGCUCCUCCCGGGCUGUGCUGAGCUCAGACCUCUGCACAGUGUGAUGCUGGGGAAGGCACAGCACUGCAGAUGUGCAAAACCUCUUAGAGGAAGGCGGUGUGCGCCGAGCCUCAGCAGAUGGUACAGCAAAACCACCAGAAAGCAGAAAGAGGGGGGAAGCCCACUUGCUUGGGAGCUGCUGCCGAUGCGGGCAGGCAGAAGGGCUGCUUGCUGGGACGGCUGUUGUGCGGUGGGUGGACGCCUUUCCUAGAAAGGGCUGAGUGGAAAUGGGAAACUUCCCUGUUUCCUGCAGCACCGGGUUCUGACCGAUGAAGCAGGCUCUGUUGUGGAAACUCUCCUCCUGCCCCUUCGCCACAUUCCAGGUGCGGAUGCAGGAUCUGCCUCGCUCUGCCAGCUCCCGGUACGGGGCGUGCGGACGCAGCCCUCGCAGCACGGGCUGAGGAAGGACCUGAGCAUCAGUGCGUGCAGGGAGCGCGGGGAGCAGCACAGGAUCUGCCGCUGCUGAGCGCACGAGGAGGAGGAGGGUCUGACUGCCAGGCACGUCACCGGGCUCUGGCCGAGGUGCAGGAAGUAUAAAAGGCAGUUUCCCAAAGAGGGGCUCAGGCAGGAGCUGGCGCACACCAGGCUGCGCUGUGCAGACGAUGCUCUCAGCAGCACCGUGACUCUGGCUGUUAGAAACAAGACCAUGGACGGCGGUAAACAGCUGAAGGCCACCCUUGUUUUCAGCCUUCCUCUCAUUUUUCAGUUCUGCGCUGGGAACAACGUCACUGACGACUAUGACACCAACACCACCAUUGACUACAACAUGUUUGAGAUCCUGUGUGAGAAGAAGGAAGUCCGUGAUUUCCGUGCUGCUUUCCUCCCAGCCAUGUACUCCCUCAUCUGCUUCACGGGGCUGCUGGGAAACGGGCUGGUGAUGCUCACCUACAUCUACUUCAAGCGGCUGAAGACCAUGACAGACAUCUACUUGCUGAACCUGGCCCUGGCAGACAUCCUGUUCCUGCUGACCCUCCCAUUUUGGGCCACAAGUGCAGCCACGUUCUGGUGCUUUGGAGAAUUUGCCUGCAAAGCAGUCUACUGCAUCUGCAAAAUGAGCUUCUUCAGCGGGAUGCUGCUCCUGCUGUCCAUCAGCAUUGACAGGUACUUCGCCAUCGUUCAGGCUGCCUCAGCCCACCGCUUCCGUCCCCGAAUGAUAUUCAUUAGCAAAGUCACGUGCAUCCUCAUUUGGCUCCUGGCCUUCUUGCUCUCGAUCCCUGAGCUGGUUCACAGUGGUGUAAAUAACUAUGACAGCCACCCCCGGUGCUCCAUCAUUGCUAAUGACUUGCAGACUUUCAACACUGGCAUCAAAGUGUCCCAGAUGGUUUUUGGCUUCUUAAUUCCCCUGGCAGUCAUGUCUGUCUGCUACCUCAUCAUUAUCAAGACAUUACUCCAGGCCCGAAACUUCGAGAAGAAUAAAGCAAUCAAGGUGAUCAUUGCGGUGGUCAUCGUCUUCGUCGUCUUCCAGCUGCCCUACAACGGCGUCAUGCUGGCCAAGACCAUCUCAGUCUUCAACAACACCAGCUCAUGUGAGCAGAGCAAGAAGCUGGACAUGGCAGACGACGUGACCUACACUCUGGCCUGCUUCCGAUGCUGCCUCAAUCCCUUCCUCUACGCCUUCAUAGGCGUCAAAUUCCGCAACGACCUCUUCAAGCUCUUGAAGGAGCUGGGCUGCCUGAGCCAGGAGCGCCUCUGGCAGCUGUCCUCCUGCCGCGAGAGCAAGAGGUUUUCCUUUGCCAUGGAGACAGAGACAACUACCACCUUCUCCCCAUGAGGAGAGGUCCAGGAAGGCUGAAGGCUGGUGUCGUUUCGUACACUGCUUCUAUUUUGAAUUACUGAUAGAGAAAGACUUGCCAUUACUUUAGGAAGGGCAGCUGGAAAAGAAAGACCAAAGAAGCUCUCCAUAUGUCAGUCAACGAGCAGUGCUAUCCAGUGUUUUCAGGGAUGGAGAGACUUCAAUAAAAACUAUGACUAACAGUGAAGUAAGGGAGGGGGAGACCAGUGAGUUCAGAAUUCAUCGUGCCAUUUCACCUUUAUUUCCUAGCCAAAAUCAGAAAUGCUCAAAAUGGUUCAUUUUCAUAAAAAGCAACAAAGAGCAAGAGAAGCGGACAGAUGUGCUACGUGCUAAUUCUACAAGUAAGAAUUACUUGUUUAGAGCUGGGUUUCCAAGAGCACUGCCCUUGCUUUGCAUUUAACACGACUGCCUACUGCUCUUCCACACACACAGAAAUGAUGCUCACUGCACAGAACAGCACCAGCAGCCUCAGGCUCCCAACGCCACACAGCAGCAGUGUGAGCUGUGAGGUGUCCCAGCAUGCAGCCCUCAGCCCUGCCUUCCUCCAGAAACAGCGAGAAGCUCCCAUAACCAAACUAAAUUCACACAUAUAAUAAGUAUUCAAUAACUGCACGUUAUUGUGGCAUCUCAGGUUUGUCCACUUCACUUCUGCCUGCAGCAACGACAUCAGGUGUUUCACCUCCUAAGGAGCUCUGCUUAUUGCCUCCCAGUGUGUACUUGCAUUCUUUGGGAAUGCUGCUUCACUUUGGCAACACAACCUUCCUCAGCUUCUGUAACGGCAUCAGCCUGCACAAGGGCUGAAGCAGAGCUGGCUGGCACAGUUUAGACUCCAAUUUUUGCACAAAGAUGAGUUAUUUACAAGUGCAGAAGAUCUGAGGCCUCCCCAGUCACACAAACUUGAACCAAGAAACAGACCCUUCAGUGACAGGUACUUAAAUAUAUUUUUAGCACCCGUCCUGCAGCCUGUCCUCACGCCAGCCUUACUCCUGACACACCGAGGGAGGCUUUAAGCUGACGUGGAAGCUCGUGCUUUGGCGACUGCUGCCAGAAUGCUCAGCAUUCAAGCCCAGGGCAAGCUGGAAUAUAUUUCUCAGUGCAAGACUUAGGGUGUAUCUGUUGCCACGGUCUGAGCACUGCAACCUGUCAGAAUCCAAAGCUUGCUCCUCUCCAGCCUUAGCAGCUGUGUGGACACAGCCUGUGAUUGUCACCUACAUGUGGGGCCUUUCUGUGCUGCUGCUUGCUGGCCUCAAGAGGUAAUGUCACAAAUGUGGGUUUUCUUCUCCCUGACCAGCCAGCGUGUCUUUCUAGAAGAACUUUGGCAGCUGUCUUUUCUCUAAGUCAGACCUGUAUUUCACUUAUAAGCUACUGGAAAUGUGCUUAGCAUUCAUGCUGUCACCUCUAAUCAAGAUGCCAUUCACUGCAGUUUGAUUUAAACACAAAGGGGGGUGUUGGAGAUCACUGCCAGGGUCACUACUUGAAAGGAACAGGCAGCUGAACAGCAGAUGAUUGUCACAUAAAACAGGGCCUUGAAAGGAAGCCUUGAACCUGAUGCCAUUCCCCAGAAGGAGGAAGAUUCCCACAGCAAACAGCACCCUGAGAACUGCUGCUAUGGGACACCUGAGCAUCAGCUGGGGAGCAGCUGCUGCAAUGUCUGUGCAUCUGUCCCUGAAGUGCAGGCUCUGCCCCCAGGGCGCACAGCUCUCCCAGCGCCAGACACCCGGCAGAGGGCAGGGACCCCCUGCAGCACCCAGCCCCAGCCGGCACAGCAGCAGCCGAGCAGUUCUGACCUGUGGAACCUGAGCCGCACUCCUGCGGCCGUGCGGAGCCGACACAUGAGAACACAGGCACUGCUUUCAGUGCCGCCCACAGAAACGUUCGGAGUGACACGGGGACUCUCUGGACCGCAGGUCGAAAAGCCUCGUUCUGGAGACGGGACACAACCAGCCCUCAGAGAACCAGGGGUGGUUUUUGAGCCGAUGCUGCCGGGUGCGUGGCCGCUCCAACCAGCGUUCUAAAAAUUCCCCUUCCCAACCCCCCUGGCCCUGCGGGGUUUUGCCACGAGCUGAAUUCAGGAAGGAGGCGCUCCCUGCUCUGAACAGCCUGUCCUUGUUGAAUGGCCAUCCCAGCCUCUUGUUCCAAGCAUCUUCUUUUAUAAUGCCCAUUUAACGUGUACAGUAAGUGCUGCUUCUCAGUAUUAAAGGGGGGUUAAGACUGACACACCAAAUAGCCAUUUCUUCUUGUUUUCCUCCUAUGUUUCUUACUCAGGCAAAGAAAAGCUGACCAGAGUAAGGGACACCUAUCAUACAGGCUCCUCUUCGUUUCCUUCACCAGUACCACUGUACUCUUAAUGUAUACUUACACAUGUAAAGCUGCUUCUCAUAGAACAAUUUCAAUACGUACAUGAAUGUACCCUGAAAUACACUGCUUUCACUAAGUCUUUUUAUGCAUAACACACUCCCCUAACUUAUUCUAGCAGGAAAAACUGCCUCACCACAACGUGUACCUGUAGCCUGUUUAACAGAAACCAUUUCCUUCCUAAAAAUGCAAAGUUUUCAGGUCUUUGCCAACUGGACGCAUUCCGAAUAGGGAAAUAUGCAGCUGCCUUUGUAAGAAUGAGAAACCAAAGCAGCAUCUGGGGCAGCUGCGCCGGGUGCCUCCUCGUGAGUUCAGAGCUGUGCAGAUGAAGGCAGCCACCAGAUGGAUCCCACAGUCUGAGCCUGAGGUUCUCCAGUGCAGACUGAGAACUGACCGUAUGUUGCUGUCGAUGGGAAUAAAUUAUGACAAUUUUGAAAAUA